AUGUCUCCCACCGCGCUCAAAAAUGUCGAUACUGUCGAGAUUGUGGACAUCCACCAAAGUGACAUGGAAUUUUCCUUGGUGGAUGACAUCUACAAGAAUCUCGACCCACCAGCGGGCACACAGCGCACCUUCCCUACCCUCCUCCUCUAUGACGCCAAGGGAUUAAAGCUCUUUGAGCAGAUUACCUACUUAGACGAGUAUUAUCCCACCAAUGCGGAGAUCGAAAUCUUGACAAACGAGGCGAAGCGUAUAGUCGAGCGCAUUCCGGAGAAUGCACAGCUGGUGGAGCUUGGCAGUGGAAACUUACGCAAGGUCGAGAUUAUACUGCGAGAGUGUGAGCGAAACAAGAAGAAAGUGGACUACUAUGCCUUGGACCUCUCACUGGUAGAGCUACAGCGAACAUUUUCCGAGAUCUCACCGGAGAGCUUCAUGUAUGUCGGGUUCCAUGGGCUCCAUGGAACCUAUGAUGACGCUGUUGACUGGCUGAAAAGACCAGAGAACCGAGAACGGCCCACGGUGGUCAUGUCAAUGGGAUCAUCAAUCGGCAACUUCGAUCGUUCCGGUGCUGCAGAGUUCCUUCGUGGGUUCUCCAGUUUGUUGAGCCCAUCAGAUUUCCUCCUUAUUGGAUUGGACGCGUGCAAGAACGCAGAGAAAGUAUUCAGGGCCUAUAAUGAUAGCAAAGGCAUUACUCGUCAGUUUUACGAGAAUGGGCUAGUGCAUGCCAAUGCGGUUCUUGGAUUCGACGCCUUUAAAGCUGAUGAAUGGGAGAUUCUGACCGGCUAUGAUGACCGUGAGGGACGGCAUCAAGCCUGUUACGCCUCAAAAGUGGAUGUGACCAUCAAUGGAAUCACAAUUCCCAAAGGAGAGAAGCUCAUGUUUGAAGAAGCGUGGAAGUAUGGCCGUGACGAACGGGAUGAGCUAUGGCGUAGCGCGGACCUCAUUUCCCAGGUCGAGUUUGGGAACUCAACAGAUGACUAUCACAUUCAUUUGUUGUCACCGGCUGCGCUUGAUUUGUCUACGAGCCCGUUGAAGUAUGCCCCUCAGCCUAUUCCGAGCGCCGAGAACUUCCAAUCAUUGUGGACCGCCUGGGACUUGGCGACAAAAACAAUGAUUCCCCGAGAGGAGCUUUUGUCGAAACCAAUACAGCUCCGAAAUGCAUUGAUCUUCUAUCUCGGCCACAUUCCCACAUUCUUUGAUCUGCAUUUGACGCGGGCCUUGCAAGAGGAGCUUACUGAGCCGAGGCACUACAAAAACAUCUUCGAGCGAGGGAUAGAUCCAGAUGUCGAAGAUCCAGAGAAAUGUCAUAGCCACAGUGAAAUACCCGAUGAGUGGCCGCCUCUCGAUGAGAUCUUGGACUACCAAGAAAGAGUGCGAAUCCGUGCACGAUCGAUUCUAGAGGAAGGAUAUGCCUCGCAAGACAGUGCGCUUGCAGAGGCACUUUGGAUUGGCUUCGAGCAUGAAGCCAUGCAUCUGGAGACAUUCCUCUAUAUGUUGCUACAGAGUGAUAAAACCCUCCCUCCCACUGGAGUCAAUCGCCCGGAUUUCGAGCAGAUCAGUCGCUUGGCCAAGAGAGAGGAGAAACCAAAUAAAUGGUUCAGCAUCCCACAGCAAACACUGCAGAUUGGAUUGGACGACUGUGAUGACGAAUUGAUGCCAACGCAGUCUUUCGGGUGGGACAAUGAGAAGCCCCGACGGACAGUCAAUGUGCAUGAAUUCGAAGCUCAAGCGCGACCCAUCACCAACGGUGAAUAUGCCGAGUACUUACGGAAUAAUGGCAUCCAAACAUACCCCGCGUCAUGGAUGUUUACCCCAGGCCAAGACAAUCCCAUUUCUAACGGCAUCGGCUCUUCUGGCGCCCAUGCCAGUUCGAGCGCGACUCCAGCAGGGUUUUCAUUGGAUAAUUUCAAAGUCCGAACUGUUUUCGGACCAGUGCCUCUGAAACUUGCACAGGACUGGCCAUUGAUUGCUUCGUAUGAUGAACUCGCAGAAUAUGCAAAGAGCAUGCAAUGCAGGAUCCCCACAUUCGAAGAGGCUCGGAGCAUCUAUCACUACGCGGACCAGCUCAAGAGCGGCCGAGGCACAGCCUGCUCCAGUAAUGGCGCCAAUGGUGCUUUGAAGGGUAGCAAGUCCAACACGGCCGAUCAAACAAUCUUCCGUGAUCUCCGUGGUUGCAACGUUGGUUUCAAACACUGGCAUCCCGUUCCUGUAACUCCCAAUGGAGAUCAACUUGCUGGUCAGGGUGAUAUGGGUGGCGUUUGGGAAUGGACCAGUACACCAUUGAUGCCACACGAGGGCUUCAAAUCCAUGGAUAUUUACCCUGGGUACACAUCGGAUUUCUUCGACGGAAAGCACAAUAUCGUCCUCGGGGGUUCUUGGGCUACUCUGCCCCGCAUUGCCGGCCGAACUACCUUUGUCAAUUGGUACCAGCAUAACUACCGCUAUGCAUGGGCAGGAGCGCGUCUAGUGAGGGAUAUGUAA